AUGCGUUUGGGUUAUGUGAGGCUUCCCCGCCAGAAGGGCGGUGUCUACCCACUUAAUCCCGACAGAAUUUUCCGAAAAUGCAAAUUUGAGUGGUCGGCCAGAACCCGGAACCCGGUACUAAUAUUGUACGGCCAACGUUACAACCUGGUACGGAAGACGAAGGACGCCAAGUCUUUCUGGAGGUGUGUUAAGAGGAACUAUGGAUGCACGUCGAAAGCAGUCACGAAAAAUGAGCAGCUUUUCAAUCUCACCGCUCAUAACAAUCACAAUUUAGAAAUCAAAUUUGAGUGGUCGGCCAGAGGGAACCCGGUGCUCAUAGUGAACGGCCAGCGCUUCAACAAGGACCGGGAGCGAAGCGGGAAGGUGUUCUGGAGGUGUGUCAAGAGGAAUAAUGGAUGCAGGUCCUCAGCAGUCACAGUGGACGAGCAGCUGAUCAGGCACACUGGCCACAACAACCACGUCAGAACAUCUGACGUAGAAAUAUUAACGGUGCUAGAGUAA